GGUUUCAGAAGACGGAAAACCAUAGAGUUUGCUUUGGAAAACCAGGUAUUCAUGGAUGGGGCCUCUUUGCACGAAGAGAAUUACAAGAAGGAGAAAUGGUUGUUGAAUAUCGUGGUGAGCAGGUAAGGCGUAGUGUUGCUGAUAUGAGGGAAGCAAGGUACCGUUCAGAAGGCAAAGAUUGUUAUCUAUUCAAGAUUAGCGAGGAAGUGGUAAUUGAUGCAACGGAUAAGGGCAAUAUUGCACGUUUAAUAAACCAUUCUUGCACGCCAAACUGCUUUGCAAGGAUUAUGUGUUUGGGUGAUCAGGAGAGCCGGAUUGUUCUUAUUGCCAAGACCAAUGUUUCUGUUGGUGUAGAACUAACGUAUGACUACUUGUUCGAUCCAGACGAACGGGAUGAACUCAAGGUUCCCCUGCCUCUGUAAAGCCCCCAAUUGUAGGGAAUUUAUGAACUAGGUUUCACAUUGUUUCCGCCCGUGGAGCAAUUGCAGUUACCAAACC